AUGAAAGUCGGAAUGUAUCUGAACCACCACCGGCCUAUCACAGAAGUAUCCACCAUAACCAAUCGACGACCUUCCACACACAUAGCGGGGCUUGAUGGUGCCACCAUUGAAUCAUAUCCCAAGACUCAACUCGGUGAGAGCUGGGAAUUGCCUGUGCCUAAUGACAACAUUUGCCCAAUAUGCUUGUGCGAGUACCAGCCCAAGGAAAUGAGUGGCUUAGAAGGAAUGCAACAUGCCCUCUUUGUCGAAAUCUACAAGAGAGAUAAAUAA